CUGUGCAAGUAGGGACACAGGACAGGAGGAGUCGUGCUUGAUGUGGAGCUACUACCGACGGCGGAGGGAUGGCCAAUUAGUGUACCAGCUGCACGAACAACCGCCAACAAGGUUCGGUGGUGUGCGCAGGAUACAGACAAUAGAACACAAUACAAUACAAUACAAUACAAUACAAAGCAAUACAAAGCAGUACAACACAAUACGAUACAAUACGAUACAAUGGAAUAGAAAAUAGGGAAGAAAGGUCUCUCAAAAGUGUUGGAAUAAAGAAAGAGAAGGAUGGUGUGGUAUACUGCGAGAAGGCGAGGAUGCACAGAGCGAGAGCAAUGCGCUGUACGCUUAUUCUCAAUGUCGGUUGCGAUGAUCCCGCCAAAAUUCAUUAUGGGCUGCUCGCAUAAUAUAAUGAAGGAGAUUGAAUAGGACACAAAAAAACUCUAUUCAUUCGCCAUUGUAACCAUUGUAGCCACUUGUAAGGAAUCAUAGAAUCAAUUGUGCAUUUGUACUCUAUCAGAGUACAACAGCGACCAAGGUCAAAAAAGGGGAGGAGAGAAGGGGGGAGAGCGGAAAUUUGGAGGCAAAACGUCCAAAGGGGACGAACGUCAGCAGAAAGGACAUGAACCCCAUUCCAAAGUACAUACUCAUCAAAAUGCUUCCUUGAGGAACAAAAACGGAGGCAAACGAGGUCGUGGCCAAAG